UAUGAAAAUAUAGGAAAAAUGUUCCGGGAAGGAAUACUUUUUAUCUUUCUACUGGAACAUAUUCGUUCCAACCUUAGAAGACCAGAUUGUAAUGAGUUCACUCAAUGCAGGUCUAGAUGUGGUUCUACGAUAUCUCCCCCCUACUCCUGUGCUUGUGACUCCAGCUGCAGUUUCUUCGGGGAUUGUUGUAAGGAUUAUACGGAAGAAUGUACACAAGAUAUUCUUCCAUCAAUCCUACAAAGCAGAUCCAGUCUGUUCUCCUGUAGAACUCAAGGAUCAACAGGGAAGUAUGCUCUUUCCCACUGCCCGCAGAACACAAGUCCCGACUGUCCUCAUUCUCUUCUCUGCGAGCUAAUCACUGAUCCACCAGCUUUUCAUCCAAUUUGGAAGUUGUUCUUCAAGAACCAGUUCUGUGUUCUCUGCUGGGUCGAACAGAACGUUACUGAAGAGUUGAAACUCGUCCUAGACAACCAUGCGGAUUCAAGGAUUUGCGUUCCUGAUCUGAAAGAGUGUUCUAAAACUUCUGGAAGUAAUUAUUUGAGGAAAAAAUGUAAUUCUUACAUUCAACCCAUUCUUGUUCAGAUGUAUGUUGGUGAAGAGCUGGUAGAGAGUGUGUACAGAAAUAUUGAUUGUUUUGUUCAGUUGUAUGUUGAUGAAUAG